AUGAUGUCGGAGCAGGAGUCCCUGAGGGGCUCCAGUGGCAGAAACCGCGGAGGCGUACAGAGGGUUGAAGGCAAACUACGAGCCAGCGUAGAAAAAGGAGAUUACUAUGAAGCACACCAGAUGUAUAGGACGUUAUUUUUUAGGUACAUGUCACAGGCAAAACACAGUGAAGCCAGAGAGCUGAUGUACAAUGGCGCAUUAUUGUUCUUCAGCUAUAACCAGCAAAACAGUGCAGCAGAUCUCUCCAUGCUGGUGCUUGAGGUGCUGGAGAAGUCAGAGAGCAAAGUGGAUGAAGAUAUAUUAGAAAGCUUGGCUAAGCUGUUCAGCCACAUGGAUCACAACUCUCCGGAAAGAGUAGCCUUCGUGUCCAGAGCCUUGAAAUGGUCCACGGGAGGUUCCAGCAAAUUGGGCAAUCCAAAGCUACACCAGCUCUUGGCUGUCACCUUGUGGAAAGAGCAAAACUACAGUGAAUCUCGUUACCACUUCCUGCAUUCGUUCGACGGGGAGGGCUGUGCGCAGAUGCUGGUGGAGUAUUCCUCCUCUCGAGGUUUCCGCAGCGAGGUCGACAUGUUUGUGGCCCAAGCGGUCCUACAGUUCCUCUGCCUAAAGAACAAAAACAGCGCUUCCGUGGUGUUCAGCACGUACACGGAGAAACACCCGUCCAUAGAGAGGGGUCCUCCAUUUGUUCAGCCUCUUCUAAACUUUAUCUGGUUUCUGCUGCUGGCAGUGGAUGGGGGUAAAUUAACAGUUUUCACAGUCUUAUGUGAGCAAUAUCAACCUUCCCUGAAGAGGGAUCCCAUGUAUAAUGAGUACCUCGACAGAAUAGGACAGGUUUUCUUCGGCGUCCCCCCCAAACAAUCUGCGGCGUACGGCGGCAUGCUAGGAAACUUGCUGAACAGCCUGAUGGGAGCGGGCGAGGAAGACGACGGCGUCGAAGAGGCCCGGGAGGACAGCAGCCCCAUCGAGCUGGAUUGAGCAGACGGCUGACGAAGAACAAAAAGAACACACACACACACACAUAAAAAAUGGGGGAGGCCACGCCCACUCUUGACUUCAUCAUUACUAAUUUUGGUUUUCAUGCACUUGACAGCAUUGUAGACACGACGUUCCCUUCUUUAGCGUGUUGCUUUCUCACGGAGUGUCAAUUGCUUUUGUCAGCAUUUCUCUGCACCCACCACCACCAUUCAUUUCUAAUAGUUAUUUAGAUUUGCCUGUUGACAUGAGAUUGUUUUUGGGUUUCUCAUCUGUCGCAAAUGGAUGGAUGGAUAUUUAUUGAGCUUCAGAAUUCAGUGUUUUGGGUUUUAAGUCACCUAUUGAUGAUAACCAGACCUUUAGGAUAUUACUAAAUUCAAUGCCAAGUUUUAUAUCAUCAGUUGUGUGCAAAUAUGAAAUUUGCAUAUAUGAUUAAAUAUUAAAUUUCUGAUAAAUCAGUGGGAUUGGCACUUUUGUAAGCAUACAGUAUGUUAGUGUUUAAAGAAUCAUCCCUAAUCUAGAAUUGCUCUCACGCGUUUGCUAUCAGUAUUGGAUUUUUUUUUUCUACAGUCAUCGCUGUUGUGCAACAAAAGUUCAACAGCCAAAAUAACAAUUUCCAAAGAGACUUUUGUGAAUUGUUGCUUGUCACACCGCUACUGACGAAUGCGUUCACUUUUUCUUCAGUUUGACAUAUUAGUCACUGCAGUUUUAUUUUUUAUUUUUUUUUCCCUCCUUUGAAAACCUAAGCGGGCCGCUUUCCUUUGUCAUGACAGACUAAGACAAUAAACUACCAUUGAGAGGAUUGAGACUGAUGUGAAACAAAA